ACACAUUAACACUUACGUCUACGCUACCAAUCAGAUCAACGACAAACAACAAAACAUGAAAAUUAAAUCCAAUUACGUAUUUAACAAUCAAUUGAAAAUGAUACUCCUUAUAAUAGAAAAUUAAAAUUAAUUCAAGUAAUUAUUUAAGGGGAAGAAGACAAAGAGAAAGUUAGUCGUCGUCUUCAACAAUUCUGAGAAGCUUUGCUAAUCUCAAAUGGCGAUUUUCUCUCUCCUAACCCAAUUCCGAGAAUCUGCCAACACUUUCUUGUCUCAAUUCGAGCCUCUUACUUUAGUUAUUGCUCCAAUUUUAUCUCUCUUAAUUGCUGGAUUUCUUCAAUCUCUUAUUUCUACUGUUCAUGAAAAUGGGCUCAAAUCUUGUCUUAUUGCUUCCUUCAUGUAUUUGAUCAAGUUGGUUCCUGGUGUUAAGAGCUACGUGGAUGCUGAAAAACAGAAGGUUGUAGAUAAGAUGCAAGCAGGUAAUAAAUCUAAAAGAGAUAAUUGGAGAACUGAAUUACCAGCUACUGGCUUUGGAAGUAGAGUGAUUGAAAUGAUGAAAGAGGAAAAGCGAAAGGAUGCUGCUUGGCAAGGCAAAUGUUCGGGUACAGUAUACAUUGGAGGAACAGAGGCUGAUGAUCAUUUUUCCUUGAUAAAUGAGGCAUGCUCAAUGUUUUCACAUACCAACCCAUUGCAUUUGGAUGUUUUUCAAAGUGUUGUGCAUUAUGAGGCAGAAGUAGUUGCGAUGACAGCUGCAAUGCUUGGCAGUAAAGAUAAGGCUUCUGGAGGACAAAUAUGUGGAAAUAUGACUUCAGGAGGCACUGAGAGUAUACUAUUGGCUGUCAAAUCUUCACGUGACUAUAUGAGAACUAAGAAGGGAAUAAAAAAACCAGAAAUGAUUAUCCCUGUAUCAGCCCACUCAGCAUAUGAUAAAGCUGCCCAAUAUUUCAACAUUAAACUUUGGCGUGUUCCUGUGAACAAUGAAUAUCAGGCAGAUGUGAAAGCAAUUCGACGUUACAUCAAUAAAAAUACCAUCUUGAUUGUUGGAUCUGCACCUGGGUUCCCACAUGGCAUUAUUGAUCCCAUCGAAGAGCUUGGCAAAUUAGCGAUGAGCUUUGGGGUCUGUUUCCAUGUUGAUCUUUGUCUUGGUGGAUUUGUUCUGCCUUUUGCACGUAAACUUGGUUAUCCAAUUCCACCUUUUGAUUUCUCUGUCCAAGGAGUUACCUCAAUAUCUAUUGAUGUACACAAAUAUGGCUUAGCUCCCAAAGGAACCAGUACAGUACUCUACCGUAACCAUGAAAUCAGGAAGCAUCAAUUUGUUGCUGUAACCGAGUGGUCUGGUGGCCUUUAUGUAUCUCCAACAAUUGCGGGGAGCAGACCUGGGGGUCUGAUUGCUGGUGCAUGGGCAGCAAUGAUGUCUUUGGGAGAGGAAGGGUACUUGGAGAAUACAAGACAGAUAAUGGAUGUAUCAAAGAAGAUUCAGGAAGGAAUAAAGAGUAUUCCAGAGUUAUAUGUUGUUGGAAGGCCUGACAUGACUAUAGUGGCAUUUGCGUCCAAUGUCGUUGAUAUAUUUGAAGUUAACGACCAAAUGUCAUCUAAAGGUUGGCAUUUAAAUGCCCUGCAGAGACCCAACAGCCUGCAUAUCUGUUUAACCCUUCAGCAUGUAUCGGUGGCUGAUGACUUCUUAAAGGUUCUGCAGGACUCUGUGCGAACUGUUAAAGAAAACCCAGGUCCAAUUAGUGGAGGACUUGCUCCAAUAUAUGGUGCUGCUGGAAGAAUGCCAGACAGAGGAAUGGUACAGGAAUUGCUGGUUAAUUUCAUGGACAGCUCUUGUUGAUAUGUCCUUUGUUAGGCUUCAGUUGCCAUCAUUCGAUAUUCAGAUUUUAAGUUUAAUUAUUUCGCCUUGAAUAGUAUGAAAGGGUGGAUUGAAUGUUUUUGGGAUACAAAGAAGUUUCCAUAAACUUUGUGCACCAUCGCCGUAUAGAUUUGAACUCAAGAACUUUGUGAAGGACAAGGGUUCAAGACUUUCAUGGAGAGGAUGGAAUGAUUAUCAUACUAACUCUUUAUCAACCACAAUAAAGAUCUUUUAACACUGUAUAGUUAACAAUUAUUCCCUUGGAGAAUCUUCAAUGUUUUACACAAAGCUGAAAUAAUUGUUGCAUGAAGCUUGAAGACUCUAGAUUGUAGAAAGUUGUGUGAUUUGAAUGAAUAAUUUUUAUUACAAAUGAACAAUUUUUAAAUAUAAAUAUUGAUUAAAAUCCGUUUACCAUGUAUUUCAAAUUAAAUGUACAAUAAUUUGUUACUCCGUUU